AUGUCGGUGCCGGCAGAAUUACAGUGGAUAGAGCUGCCAGAAUGGGCACGACCCUGGCUCUCUGGUGUUUUGCCCGCACAAAGGAUGGAACAAACCUCAUGUGGAAGUCCACCUUCACCAUCUCAAAAUUCUUCUCUUCAUCCGCCAAAUGACUCUCCGAGUCUAACAAGCUUACCCUCAUCUGUUUCAAUGGGCUCAGAGGACACCGGGAUUCUCACCAAGUGCCCAGAGCGCCGUAUUAUUGUCAGGCCUAGCCAGAAACGGACUAUGAUCACAGUCAAUGCAACUCUCGGUACAGGUCUCUACUGGCGUGGGGGUCAGAUUCUUGAACUCGGUGGGCCGUUGGCGGUGGUUCUAUCUUUCCUCUUCAUCGGAGUGUUAACAUGGGGUGUCAUGCAAUGUAUCACUGAAAUGCUCUGCAUUUGGCCGAUACCUGGUGCAUUGUCGGUAUAUGUUAGCCAGUUUGUCGACGAAGAACUAGGGAUCGCGGUCGGUGUUACUUAUUGGUUUGUCUAUUCCAUGUCCUUUUCCACACUGGUCGCAACCUCCGCUGCGGAGUUCAACUUUUGGCAUUACAUCCAAGAAAGUCGGGUUAUACAGGGCUGCGUUAUAUAUUUUGGAAUCCCACUAAUUCUCGUCUUCGUCAAUGCCGUAAGAAUUGAGAUCUAUGGUUGGUUGGAAGUGGCCACAGGCAGCAUCAAAAUACUAUUUCUUGGUGUUAUCAUCGUGACACUGAUUGCAAUUAAUCGUGGAGCUGGCCCGAAUACUCGCCCCUUGGGGACCAGUUAUUGGGUUUCACCUACCGAAUUUGAUACACGGGCGGCCGAUAACUGGGGCACUGCCUUACUUAUGAGUAUUUCGAUAGCAACUUUUGCUUAUACCGGAGUCGAAGUUGUUGCUGCCUCUGCCCUGGAGGCAAAAUGGCCACAUCCGGCAGACGAAAUGUCGACAAUGCCAGGCACACCUCCGCGGUCUAAUGACCCUCAAAUCGGGAAAUCAUUCAAGUUUUCCGCUAGAUUCAUUCCCGUACUUGCAAUGGUUGGCUAUACCAUCAGUGGGCUGGUCGCAACAUUUGAUAUAGAGCGGAAUAGUUGCGCUCUCCCACGGCUCAGUUGGCUUUCACUGGAUGUGGAAGCCGGGUGCACAGCACCUUCGAACGGUGCUGCAUUCGUUGCAAUUGCCAAAAUGUCCAAUAUUCCGCAUUUGGCAGACGUGUUCAAUGCUUUCCUUGUGUUCACGUGUCUCUCUUGUGCUGCUACUAACCUAUACGUCGCCUCCCGGACGUUGUUCGGCUUGACAACUCGUUUGGAUGGAGGCGAAGGCCAGAGAUGGUAUCUGCGUGUCUUUGCAUGGUUUGGCAAAACGGAUAGACGACAGGUUCCCCUGCGAGCUAUAAUAUUCUCUGCCGCUGCGUUCUGGUGGGUGCCAUUCCUGCAGCUGAUCGGCGGAAACAACACUCAAUCCUCAGCGAAUACCACCGAAUCCUCCUUGAAGGGAACUCGAGCCUCCGUUGACAUGUUUGUGGAAGUAUUGAGCCAAAUGGCAUACUCUGCGGUUUUAAUCGUCUGGGCGUGCGAGUGUCUGGCGUUCAUUCGCUUCUACCAUUGUAUUUAUCAACAUCGUCAUUAUCUCAAGCACGAAAAUGUCCCCUACGUCCAGCGCUGGAAUGACAAGGACCAUGAUGACUAUCCAUACCGCAGCCAUAGACAACCACUGACGGCAUAUCUAGCCUUGUUGGGUUGUAUCUUUGUCUCAUUGGUCGCAAACGGUGCUGCAUUGUGGAAUGGGUUCCAUCUUUUACCAUUUUUAGCAUCAUACCUGACGGUCAUUGUUUUUGUGGGCCUAUGGGUAUUGUUGAAGCUUAUGCGGGGCGCGAAGUGGUCUUUGGUUGAUCUCUCACACCCUAACAAAGUCGCCAGAAUAUUUAGGCAUCUGCAUGAGAUCCGCCUGAGUGUAACACAGUCCUAA